AUGCUGGGCAAGAUCGUUCUCGAGGAAGCCUAUGAACGCGCUGGCAAGGAGGAAAAGUCCAAGGCCGAAGCUGCAUUGUACAUUGCCCCUGAGGACCGCGCUCGCUACAUGCGCCAGAUCCACGAUAUCAACGAUGAGCGUGUCCGUCUAUCUAAUGCCCACGGCAUUGGCUACACCAUUGUCUCCUUGACUGUUCCCGGUAUCCAGGGAAUUUCCGACAAAGCACUUGCCGAGAAGACUGCCUUCGAGACCAACAACUGGGCCGCCGGUCAAAUCAAAGACCACCGCGACCGCAUGGGUGCUUUUGCCUGUCUUUCCAUGCACGAUCCUAAGCAAGCUGGACAAGAGCUUCGUCGCUGUGUUCAAGAGCUCGGAUUCCAUGGUGCUCUCCUUUGCGACUUCCAGCACUCCGGUUCCAACGGAGAGACCUACCUCUACUACGACCAGCCCGCCUACGACGAGUUCUGGAAAGUCCUCACCGAGCUGGAUGUUCCCCUGUACAUCCACCCCGCUGCUCCUUCCGAUGUCGUCUUGGAGAAACUGUACGCUCAGCGUCAGAACUUGAUUGGACCCCCUCUGUCCUUUGCCAACGGUGUCAGUCUGCAUACCCUCGGCUUGAUCUCCAACGGAGUCUUCGACCGUUUCCCGACUGCCAAGGUCAUCAUCGGCCACCAGGGCGAGCACAUCCCCUUUGAUUUCUGGCGUAUCAACCACUGGUUCGAAGAUGUUAAGCGCCCCAUUGCUAAUGAGGAAGACCGCGUUAUGGCCAAAAAGACCAUCUAUGACUACUUCAAACAGAACAUCUGGAUCACCACCAGUGGUCACUUUUCCACUUCUACCCUGAAAUACGUCGUCAACGAGAUCGGUGUCGAUCGCGUUCUUUUCAGUGUCGACUACCCCUACGAGACCAUCGAGAAUGGCUGUGGCUGGUGGGACAAUGAUGCCAAGGCCAUUCAGGAUGCUGUUGGUGGCAUUGAUGCUUAUCGUCGGAUUGGUCGUGACAACGCGAAGAAGCUUCUCAAGCUGGGCUCUUUCCACGACUCCGAGGCUCCGGUCAAUUAG